GAGGUUAACUUGUGUCCAAGGGACACCAUGCCUGGGAGUCUUCACAUUGCUCUGGCAUUACCAGGAUAGUGUCUCUGGGACUGUCAGUCAAGUCUGUCACCUUAUUUUAGCCCCAAACCGGUACUUCCUGUCAGGAAGCUCAGCUGGUCGCUUUAUGACAAUAAUGCAAGGCGUUUGUCAAACACGGUGAACGGACGGCAGCAGACUGGAAAAAAUCGGUGCUCUCAAAAGGUCAUCUCGGACUCCUCUCAGGCUCGGCAUGAAGGAAUGGUCGAAUAUCCCUUAGGAGAAAUGUCAGAACCUAUUAAAAGGCAAGAAGCUCAUGCUUGUGGUAAUCAAAGCUGUAGGGAGGUUCACACACUUACUACCACAUAUUGAAUAAAUUUGCACAUUGCACACUUAGAGUGUUGUAACUGUUUGACAGAUGUGCUGGUUAUAUUGAAAGUCAUGCAAGUCUGGAGUUUUUUUUUUUUGUUUCUAUUUCAAAGUACUGGAAGUGCACCUAGAUUUCCAUGCUGAAUUUACUUCUAGUUACAGUUAAUGGCGAGUGUGGCUGCGGUAGGUAAUCACAGGUCAGUCCAUUUGGACUGACCCCCCCCGAUGCAGAUGACUGUCCGCAUGAAUUCUUUCGAGUUUUUCUUUGACUCUGCUGGUUAACCACCGCUGACAGGCCUGUAUCCCUGUCAAACCGAAGCCCUGCUGGGCAGACUCAGGCCCGCUCGACCUAGCAGGCCUGUCCUAGUUUGGGAGGGGGCUUGGACUGGAUCAACCCCCCCCAGUUCCUUUCCUUCUCCCAACGUGUAAACCGACAGCGAACGAGUGUCAGCGCGGCGCCUGCCCCUGGGGCAGCGCCCUCGGCCUCGCGCUCGUCUGCGGCCCGGUGCUGGCGCGGGGAUGCGAUACCGGCUCUCCUGGUCUGGCAGAAUCGGAGUGGCUCUCGUCGUCCUUCACGUGCUUUUCGGGAACGCCAUUCCUUGGCCACUCCUGCUGUGGACUGGGUGACCCUGGAGUACAGACAGCGGGCUGCAGCUCAUUCUCUUCCAGCCCCUUGUUGUGCAAGCGGACAGCCAGCUGGAUUGCUGUCAAUUCUCCUUAACUGACCGUCUAAAUCAAGUUCACAAGGUUCUUCCAGCAUUCUUAAACAGUGAUUCUUCCUGUUUUUCACCUCCUGUGCUUCUUCGUUAGAAGACCUGAAAUAUAUGCUGAUAACUGAGCCAUAACGUAGCUCCCGAAAGAAAAACGGUACUGUUGUGGUUGCAAUAUUUCUUGAAGUCAUGUCUCCGGUUGUUCACUCCCUGUUUUUAAUACCAGAAUGUCUGUGCUAAUGUCGUGGCAUUCCAACAAUGAAAACACACACGAUUGCUUCCAGAGCUGUUUUUGCUCUGGCAUGAAAUUUGCUUCAUUUAACGUUUUUUUCCCCCCGUACGCUGAGUGAAAAGCACACGUACCUUUUUGUUUUCCCUCUAAAACAUAUUGUGCCUCCGGGCCAAGUGACAUCUUCUCCUGAUAAUUUGGCAAAUUAAGGUGCGGAUUAUACUCAGCCUGCAAAAUUCCACUUGUAUAUAGAUAAUCCAACUGGAACUGCAACUGCUGUGUGACCUUUUCAAUACAAUAUCGAACCUGGAGGGCCUUUAUCACAAUAGACUGGAUCCUCGUGUUAUCUGAGUCCCCUUCCCCAGCAUCUCAAAAACAGACCAAUAAGUCUGAAAGUGCCCAAACUUGUGACUUUUAUUAUGCAUUAUCUUGUUUUGCUCUAAUUAUCAUCAGUGGUUAUCACCUUACUGCCAAUACAAAAAUGACCAGAUAUAUCUCUUCACUUCCAUUAAUCAUUUCCUUGUGCAUUUUCCUUAUUUCUACUCUGUCACAUAGUGAUCAGUGCCUGGGAGCAGAGACCCACUGUAAAGGACUUUGUUGAGGUAUCUCACACUCUAGGUUCACCAUCCUGUAGGAAAUUAGUACUUCCAGGGUAACGAGUGGCUUUUCCUGUUAUAGCUGUUGAUUGCCAAUUCUAGACGGCCAAUUUCAAACAUUUAAGAGUAUUUCACCCCCCCUCUAAGACACAGCUUUCGGGAAAUGCCAGUAGUUCUGCUACACAGCCUGUUGCUCCAGUUUUGAACCAGUUCGAAAAGUAUCUCCAGCUGGCCAGUGUCUGUCGUUUCAACAUGCCUUCUGAGAUGUUUUCCAACCCUGGCGAAGGAGGGCGAAGGGCAGGGAUUUGUUCCCAGCGCUGAGUGCUUUCCAGAACCCUGGAGCGGGUUUCAGAAGCGGCUCAUCUCGCCCGCUGCUCUCCUCGUCUCUCAGAGCAGUUGUGUUAGCGAAGAGACGGGCUUGGCAAAGCAAGUAUCUGCCUGAAAGUGCAUUUACGUUAUACCAUCGUGUAUUGAUAGUACCUGUGGGACUGUUUCAGAAGGUGAACUGGAAUUACAGCUCCUCCCUCAGAGGGUUUCUCUAGCAGCUGCUGAGAAUCUCUUCUUGCGUUCCCGCGUGUGGGGCUCCUUCUGCUUAGCCAGGAGAUGACAUCGCUGCUCCUGGAGGUGUCCUGCAGCCUGAUGGGCUGGAUCGCCCUUUACGCCUCGCUCUGUCACCUCGACGAUCGCCACGGCUACGAGUGGAACUGCAGGCUGGUGACGCUGCUCCACGGAGUCCUGAUUGUCUGCCUGACCGCCUACAUUGGCUUCGUCGAUGGCCCCUGGCCCUUUACCAGCCCAGGUUCGGAGAACACGCCUCUGCAGGCCUGGGCCAUGUGCCUGAGCUUGGGCUACUUCCUGUUUGACAUGAGCUGGUGCCUCUACUUCCGGACGGAGGGCGCCGUCAUGCUGGCCCACCACACGGUGAGCAUCCUGGGCAUCAUGCUGGCGCUGUGGCUGGGCGAGUCGGGGCUGGAGGUCUGCGCCGUGCUGUUCGGCAGCGAGAUCACCAACCCGCUCCUGCAGGCCCGCUGGUUCCUGCGCCAGGCGGGGCGCUACGAGGGCCCGGCCGGCGACCUGGUGGACCUGUUGUUCGUGGUGCUGUUUGCCGGCGUGCGCGUCGGCCUGGGCUCCUGGAUGCUGUGCUGCGAGCUGGCCUCCCCCCGGCCGCGGCUGGCGAUGAAGGCCGGCGGCGUGGCGAUGUACGCCCUCUCCUGGGUCUUCAUGGCCAACAUCGCCCGCUUCGCCUACCGCAAGAGCAGCGCCAAGUACCGCCGCUGGCAGGACCGCAAGAGGGCGCUCAACGGGCAUGCUGGGAAGGCAGCGUGACCCCGAGUUCCCUCCGCCUUGCGGAAGCAGACGCUGGCUCUUCCCUUCCUGCUCGCAGAGAGAUUGUGAUGAGUAUGCAGCCCGCCUAGGCGGGGGGGCGUUUAACGUAAACAAACCCGAAUUGUUUUUUUAUAUCGCUCUGCUCUCUCACCCGAGUUCCCCAGCUGGCCUCGAUUUUUUAAUUAAACUCGGAGAGCGCUGUUAUCUGGAGAACGUGUUCCUUCGGGACUCCAGUGUGCUGCGGAUGAAAUUGUUUCAGCGUAGCUUGAGGAAAAAAAGGCUGUAUAGCAGCUCUUGCAAGCAGGACAACAGCAGUGAUCACAUGUUCUGUUUACCAGCUUGACGUACACAUCAUAUUCCUGAUCCCAUUUGUAUGCCUCUCUUUCAUCCCCUUAUGUAGUUAGAGAUCCAGAUUUCCCUUUUCAAGCGGUUUAACUACAGAACAGCUUGAUGUUAGUGGAAGGCAGCGCCGCUUUCCUCAGUGUGCCCAGAAUGAGGAAUCUGGGCUCGCGUCAAAAGCUAGACACACACUCACUUUAAUCGAUCAACUCUGUUGUCUUGACGCUGAUGGGUUAAAGCGAGUUGUUGCAGCAGAGGGCUUAGAAGCAGCGCCUCGCUUUCCUGUCGCUAGAGGCCGCCAGUGCUGGCGAACAGCAGACGUCAUCCCCAGAGACUCGCUGCGCGGCACGCUGCGUGGGAUUCUGCCGUCUGCAGCGCCUUCAGAUAGAAAUCUUGGCUGAAUGUAGAUAAGGUGAGAUUUCCUGUAGAUUGACUAGUGCUGUGCCAUCAUAACGGCACCGAUCGCCCAAAUAGGCUGUCAUAGAAUCUGCCUAGGGGCCGUUUUACAGCGAUACAUCGUGUUUAACGUUUUGCGGAGAAAGACUCUAUUAAGGCAUAAGUAUUGUAAUACAUUUGUUGAUCAGCAAAUAAUGAGCAUAAAUGAUUUAGUAUUUUGUUACUUUUAUAUUAUUCUAUUUUUUUAGAGACAAGUAUGGGAAUACUGUCUAUUUUUGCCCUGUGUCUAAAGAUCAUAGGGAUUGUUCUAGCUUUUAGGAAAGAAUCGUGUUGUUUAAAAGGAACUACUGGAUGAAACCUGCAGCAGUUUUUAAUUUAAGAGUGUAAAUAAGGGGGGGGUUGUAUUAUUUUCCAGAUCAGCCCGCCAUAACCCCGCUGUCUCCUCCUCUCUCCCUGACUCAAGGGCUUUUUAUUGCAAAUGCGAUACCUAGGCUAAAACAUGUCGCCUUACGAAUUAUGAUCAAAAAUCAAAAACGAGUUUAUUUCGGUUUCCCGCGAUCUGUCCGACAGCUCGGACUGCUGAAGCAAGCCGGGAGCUGUCCGCCUUCAAGUGCGGUCUCGGGGAACAGAAAUACACGGGACCUGCCCGCUGCACCCUUACACUGGACGGUAGAGGGCAGCAUGACCUUUUCAUCAAGUCUCUUAAAUCCCAUCACAUUGCUUGUUCAGUCCGUGUGCAUUGGCUGCCCCGGAUCGCCUUACAAACGCACGUGUGACGUCAUCGGUUCUGCACGUCACAGGUGCAUGUGUGACGUCUUCCGAUGCGGCCCUACCGGGAUUUUUUGUAGGUGCUGAAGACGAACAGCUCCAAUGUCACAGCGCUACCAGUGCCCUGGCUUUGCACUGCCAUCGUUGCGACUCGCAACUCUCAGAAAAUAAGGGCUAGCCGGAAUACGGGCACGCGUUUCUCCGAGCCUCGUUAGAGCCGGUCACGUGUGGCCGCGGUGACGCGCCCAGCCAGCCCGCCCGUCUCUCAAAGCAGGAGCGAUGGUACUGGGAGGCUGUGCAACUCUCUCUCUCUCUCAAGCAGAGGUGAGGGAGUAGUCAAAAGCUAAAAUUACUUGACUUUUAUUUUUUUAAUUCAAAAU